AUGGAUUUCAAAAACUCAAAAACCAACUCUCCUUCUCCUUCUCCUUCUUCUAAAACCAAAAGAAAGCAACAGCAACAGCAACCUCAGCAGCAGCUGCAGCAACAAGAGAUACGAUUCUUGGGAGUAAGGAGGAGGCCAUGGGGGCGAUACGCAGCGGAGAUAAGAGACCCUUCCACGAAAGAAAGGCAUUGGCUCGGCACGUUCGACACUGCCGAGGAAGCCGCCUUAGCCUACGACCGUGCCGCUCGCUCCAUGCGUGGCUCCAAGGUUCGAACCAACUUCGUUUAUUCCGAUAUGCCGGUCGGCUCAUCGGUCACCUCCAUCAUUUCUCCUGAUGAAACACACCAUAACAUGUCAUCCAUUUUCCCCAUUAAACCACCUGUUAACCAACAAAUGGAUACUAACUGCCAGAACCAGCUUUUCUUCACUCAAGACCCUUUCAAUGCCUGGAACCAAGAGAGUAGUGAUACAUUAGUGUCUUAUAAGCCCAUUACUGGGGUCAUGGAUACCGGAAACGGUGGUUCUCAACAGUUUAACGACGACUGUGAGCUGCCACCUUUGCCCCCCGAUGUCUCCUCUACUUGUUACGCAUCUGAAGUUGCUGGUUCAGAUAUGAUCAGUUAUGAUUCGUGGAGUGGUUCGGGCCUUCUUGGGUUUGACACGGGAGUGAGUGAACCAUAUUUCGGCUUUAACUCUUACGAGUUCAUGCAGCACAUGCACAUGCCCUCGGUUCCUGAUACGGUAACUGAAGAAUUUGAUUUGGGUUCAUCUUCAUCAUCCUCGGGUUACUUCUUUUAAUAGCUGCAAUAGUUAACAAAUGGUAAAUUGCAACUACAACUUCUGUCUUAUGUUAUUGAAGAACGUGUGGGUUUAGUUUUGGGAUUUUGUUGUAAUAUGACUUUCGUUUAUUUUUAAUGGUUUUGGUGGUAAUUA